AUGGCGGGCGACGGAGCGGGCGCAGCUGCGCGGCCCCGUGUCACGAGCCUGCCGGUGCUCAGCCCCCCCGGGGAUGGCUCUCGCGCGUGGCCAUCACCCUCAGCGCAGCCCGGCCAUUCCCACGGUGGCACCCAUGGGUGCACCAUUGUCACCACGGCCUUUGUCACUGGUGGCAGGACCCUGUCCCGUGACCCCGUGGCUGACCCCAGACCCCCGGGAUUACCGGGACCAGGGGCUACGGGUGCAGUGAGCGCGGCUACCUAUAGCACGGUGCCCCGUGUCGCCUUCUACGCCGGCCUCAAGAACCCCCACGAGGGCUACGAGGUCCUUAAGUUCGACGACGUGGUCACCAACCUGGGCAACAGCUACGACGCCGCCUCCGGCAAGUUCACCUGCGCCAUCCCCGGCACCUACUUCUUCACCUACCACGUCCUCAUGCGCGGCGGCGACGGCACCAGCAUGUGGGCCGACCUCUGCAAGAACGGUCAGGUGCGGGCCAGCGCCAUCGCGCAGGACGCCGACCAGAACUACGACUACGCCAGCAACAGCGUCAUCCUGCACCUGGACGCAGGGGACGAGGUCUUCAUCAAGCUGGAUGGGGGCAAAGCCCAUGGUGGCAACAACAACAAGUACAGCACCUUCUCUGGCUUCAUCAUCUACUCGGACUGA